AUGGGACGCCAUGGGGUCAUUCUCUCUCUAACUUGUCCUGCCCCUUCCCCCGUUCCCCUGCACGGAGGCCCGCUCGAGGUGUCGGUGAACGUCAGCUGCCUGGGGCCCCUCAAGGCCGACAGCGACAACGUGACCCUCGCGUGCGUCGCCAACGCCACGAGGGGAGUGGCGUACGCGUGGCUGAGGAGCGGCAAGGUCCUGGGCUCCUCGGAUUCCUCACGCUCGUCGCUCUCGCGGGACCAGACGAGGCUCACCCUGGCGCCGGUCACCACGGGUGACAACGUCACGAUCACGUGCCACGCGUCCAACGCAUUCUACAGCGCGGCCAGUCAACCCACGGUGCUCGACGUGCACGAGGCGGUCUCCAAGCCCACGUUCACCCUGAGCCCGGCAACAGCAGUGGAAGGGACGGACACCGUCAGGGGCUUGUGCAGCUGCAAGAGCGCCGGCGGCUGUGGCGGUGGCGCCGGCUCGGCGCUGCGGGUCUCCUGGCUCCGCGGCGGCAGUGAGUUCAUCCCCAGCGAGGGCCGCGGCAGCGAGAUGAAGAUGGGACCGGUGCGCCGGGAGGACCGGGGCAGCUACGGCUGCCGCGUCAGCAACGCCGUGAGCGUGGAGAGCAGCGACCCCCAGGCGCUCGUCGUCAUCUGGCUGAAUUUGCUCCCAGGCAAAUCCGUCGCCAUCACCGCCUUGAAUCACGAGGAGAACUUGAACUGCACCGCCGACGCGGCUCCGACCCCCAAGUUCUCGUGGUUCAGAAACGGCACGCCGGUGGGCCUCACGAAGGAGACCUCCGACGGGACGCUCUGCACCUCCACGCUGCUCGUCGCGGGCGGGCCGGACUCGCUCCUGGGCGAGUACACGUGCGUGGCCACCAACGAGGUCGGCUCGCGGAACCGGACGAUCGACGUCACAGACGCCAAGCUGUCCUCGUUCACCGUUUUCCUCGAUGCCAACAAGCGCUGGGCGCUGCUCAGGUGGAGUCUCAAGAGGUGGGGCGACAACGGUGGCAAUUGGGGGGCCCUGACCACGGUGAUCGUUCAGUCGAACGCUUCGUCCGCCGCCCCAGGGGGCCGAGCGGCGCCCUCCGCGUGGACGUUGGUGGCGCGCGUGCCGCCCGCUGCCAAGGGGAUGCACAACGACUCGAAGCUCGCGGGGGCCACGGCGCCUGCCUACCGGCUGCUCCUGGAGUUCGGAGACGUGACGCAGGAGGAGGAAUCGGCCAUCGCCGGGCUCAGGGUGACGUGCUUCGACCCAGAGGGUUUAGACUGCGCCGCCGCCGCCGCCGCCGCCGACUCGACACCACCACGCGACAAGGUGGCCGAGACCGGCAUCGUGGUCGGCUCGGUCCUGGCCAUCAGCCUCGUCGUCAUCGGCCUCCUCGCCAUCGUCUGCUUCAGGAACCGCAAGCUGCCGGGACAAUUUGAUGCAACGGCAGCUGCAAGGUAA